AUGGUCUUGUAUUGUUGCGUUGGUUGCUGCAAACGCAACUCGAGAGACGACGAGGAAUAUUCAUUCUUUCGGCUACCAAAGGAUCCGGAACUUCGCGCAAAGUGGACCCGAUUUGCUGUGGGAGUCAAUGGAGAGUUGAAAAUAUGUUCUAGGAUCUGUUCCGAUCAUUUUGGCAAAAGGUGCAUUUUGAAGACAUAUCCGAGAGUGCUGCUGCUUAAAAAUGCGAUUCCAACAAUUCUAGAAAGCAAAGGAAGUGCCGCAGAGCCUGCAGAAGAAUCCCCAAGAGCAUGUGCCGACUUCGAGAACAGCGAUAGGAGUUCAGGAAUGAGUCUCGCACGAGAGGAAGAAGUUAUUUGUACUCGGACUUCCACAUCUUCUCAAAAAGUCUCAUCAUCUAUUCCAUCUUCUUCUCAGCCUGAAUCACGCUCCGAUGGACGUACACCGAACCUUCACUUGAAGGGGAAACGUUUGCUACCAUUUUUUUCUUUCGGCAUUCCCAGUACGAGUAGAAUUGAGGAUGAGGAUCCACAGGGCUUCAAACCACAGGCUGUCAAAACAUCGUGUACAAAAGAAUCGCAGGUGUUCUGAGACGUCCACUAGGCAAUACAAAUUUGUCAAUGGGCCACGGACAUUGAAAUAUGUUAGACCGAGUAACUGGGAUGAAAGUAACUGUCAUAGGCGAAUUUCAUGAGCUUCUGUAUCGUGACUGCGAGGAGAGAGCUGCUGAUGGCAAUUUGAAUGACGAU